AUGAGGCGUUUGAGCAGCAGUCCUGCUUCGAUUUCGACGAGCAGAUUUAAUAAUGUUUUUCGCAGGGGAGAGAAUGAACGCUCCCCUCCUCCGAGAGUUUGUUCUGCGAAGGCAACGGCUUCUGUGUCGUCGUCGAAAGGUCGCGAGAGUAAGAAGAAAAAUGCCAUCAUCAAAAAAGGAGUAGGUUUGAAAGUUUCUUCGUUUCGUUGCGCGAGUUCAUCGUCGUCGUCUGAAUCGUCGUCGUUCGAAGCUGGUGGUGGUGGUGGUGGAGGGAAAGAGGGUAAAAAUACGAGUGCAUCACCGAAAGAGGAGGAAAAGGAGGAGGAGAAGAAAGAGAGCAGCGGUUUGGAGAAAGCUGGUUUCUUGUUGGACAAAGAGAACAACCAAGAUCACCUGGUGAAAGUCGUCGUCGAUAGAGUGAAAUCGAUCGAAGAGCAGGAAGAUUUCUCUCUCGAUUGGGCGCCGGUGGUGUUGAGAGCUUUGGACGGUGCCGAUCGCGUGUUACCCCUGUUCAGCGGGAAUAAAAAAAAUCAAAUAUUGGAAGUGCUCUUUCACGAAAUGAAAAAGGGAGGUAAGAAAGAGAGUGAGAGCAACGAAACGAUCACGUAUCACGCGUGGGAAGGGAGGAUCCACGCGGGAUUUGAAAACGCCGAAGCGGUGGUCGUGUGUGAGCGAGGAGACGAACUCGACGAGGACGAGACGACGGGCGAGAAUUUGACGAUAUCAUCGAUGUUUGAAAACAUACUGAAAGAAGCCGUUGAACUGUCUCGCGUGGAUUGGGAGACUUUGGCCAAGUGGCAAGAUAUAACGAAAGAAGAAGAAAAAAGAGGUCCGACGCGUUCGGCCCAUCACCCCUCGUCUUCCUCUUCCAAUAGUAAAUUUUCGAUCAAAAUCGUCGACUCGGACGGGGCAAUCAACACGAGAGAUUGGCAAAUUCUUAAGUCCAUUUUGCGAAAAGAUAUUCUGCCGCAGUCUCAGAAAACAUUCGAUUUACCGAACGAUUCCGAAGUUCUUCUGAGUUUACUCGUCACGCUCGUGAAAAAUUUGCCAAUUUACGCCACGCGGCAAGUCUUGGAAAAAUAUUCCAAGUCGCACGAGUGGGGUUUGUCUUACAGAAGAGGUCAUUCCGCACCAAGACCGCACGUAAAGCGUCACCUUAUAGUUACAGACGACUUAUCGAAUUACCAGAAAUUGGUGGACCUAUCGGACGGCUUUAUCGAAAACUCGGGGCUUUAUCGAAAAGACGGGGAUGCACUAUUCUUCAUCAUGGAAAUAUUCAAAAGCUACGACAGAAUGUUAAAACAUUCACAAGACGCGAAGAACAGCCCCAAGAAGAAGAGGCAAGGCGGACCGAUGUACAGAAGAGACAUGGAUCAGUUGAUUCUCAAAAGGCUCGAGGUUGCUCUUUUUAUCCAGCAGCAAAGCGCUCGCUUUAUGGAAGACGGAAACUUGGAAGACGACUUCUUGACGGCUUUAUAUCAACAUCAACGCCUCCAAAAACUCCAAGACGAGAUCAACGAAAUUUUAUCUCUCGAGAAGAGAGAUUGCGACGCGGCGAAGAAAAUAAUCGACUUGGAGGUUGCCGUACAGAGAGAAGAUUACGAAACAGCAGCGACAUUGAGAGAAUCUUUACGAUUAUUGAACAACAUCACGUGGGUAUACCUCAGAGGUGAUCAACAAAACCCGUUCGACGAUUGA